UCUUAAUACCUACCACCAGGCAGUUUCUCGUGGCCACUUUGGCAAACUGGUGGAACCGGGCAGGAGUGGUCCUAUCUUACAAUUCUCGUGCCUUUAUUUCUGGUGAGAAUAUCGAGUGAGGGGCAUCUAUCUGCAUCUGCCUUUGUGACAUCUAUACAACCUUAGAACUGGGUCAUUGUUCUCUACGUGCAAGCGGGAGAAAAGCGGCAAAUCACGGUCUGAACUCUCUUCAUCUUAUACAUCGUGAGGCCCUCCUCGCUAGUUCGUUUCCAUCGAUUCAUUCGUCGCGUGCUUGCAUAUAUUAAGCAAUCAUGUCCAACGACUCCGAGUCUGAGGCGGUAGCCCAGGACUUUCGAGAUGCUCUUGAAGAUCUUCAAAGUUUCGAUAGGACCGAAAUUAGCACCUUGACUGUAAUUGCAAGGGAAAACACCGAACACGCGCAUGCUAUUUCCGGCGCUCUUCAGGAUCACAUCAAACGAGUUGUUCCUCAAAAGAAACUACCUGCCCUCUAUGUUCUCGACUCCAUCGUAAAGAAUGUGGGUACGCCAUAUACGCUUUACUUCGGCCGAAAGUUAUAUCAGACAUUCAUGGAUGCCUACGCAUCAGUCGAUAUGCCUACCCGACGCAAGAUGGACGAGAUGCUUAGGACCUGGAAGGGACCCGUUGCCGGCUCGCUCGAUACCCGACCCGUUUUCCCUCCGGAUGUUACACGCCCCAUUGAGAACGCACUUAUCAAGGCGAGAACAGCACACCUACAAGCGCAGCAGAAGCAUCAACAAGGUCAGCAACAGUUGCUUGGCCGUGGUAGGCCAGCAAGCCAGGGGGUGCCAUAUCGCGAGACGCCUACUCCGCCAGGCUACCACCCGCCUCCUCAGGCCAACGGCUAUCCCUCUCAGGCUCCUGUACCCAACCCAAACGGCCCGUCUUAUGGUAGCUCGAGUCAGUUACCUCCGAACACCUACCCGUCGCAUCCCAGUCAACCACAGCCGGCCAGAUCUACACCACAACCUACGCCAGGAUUAAUGGCCUUCCAACCCCCCCAGCUAGGAGGCUAUGGCGUACCACAGGCUGGAAUCAGCAUAGAUGCUUUGAAUAAUGACAUCCAGAGACUGAUUACGGCCUCCAAGGCCCAAAUCGCAUUGAACCCGCAUGACCCUAGUAUACAGACAAGGUUGAAGGCGCUCAUGGAUUUGCAAACUAUACUUCAAACCCAGAACCUGCCACAGGAUCAGUUAGUGCUUGUUAAGAAUCAAAUUGCUGAUCUCGCCGUGACUAUAAGAGCACCCCCAUCACAAACACCUACUCCUACACCUAUCCCUCAGCCACAACCAGCACCCGUAGCAGUAGCUCCUCCGCCGGCGCCGGCGCCCAAGGUUUCUUUAGAUUCAUUAUUCGGUGCAGGUGCCUUGGCAGCCCUAAUGGCACGAAAUUCUGCCACGCCGCAAGCAUCUGCACCUUAUCACCCUCCUACACCUGCCGCUGUUCACACUCCGCCUCCGCUACCACAACCAAAACCGGUUGAAUCUAAGAAACCAGUCACUACACACCAGCCGCCACCACCUCCUUCUGAUCCUAUGGCACUAAUGAAUAUGUUGAGACAAGCCGGCUUACUUCCGGGUACGGCACCGGUUAGUAGUUCGACACCUGUCUCUCGUCCAACACCUUCAAAUUCCUUUCCUGUUGCUUUCAACACCCCGGCUAUGGUCCCGGUCGUUCAACAUAUUCGUCCUUCUACUCUUGAGGGUCUUACAAGUGAUAUCGUUCUGAAACCAUCGUCUCUCAAACAGUUUCGCCCUCACUUAUUGCCUUUCCUAUUCGAAUCUCUAGGACCUCAAUGUACACAGUGCGGACGACGGUUCCCGAAGAAUGAGGAGGGUAAGAAGAAAAAGACGGCCCAUAUGGACUGGCAUUUCCGGGUCAACCAACGUAUGGCCGAAGCUGAGAAGCGAGGACAACAUCGGAGCUGGUUAGUCGAUGAAGUAGAUUGGAUUAAAACGAGGGAGAUCGUCGACGAGGACUAUGUGGCCCCAUCCGGAGAUUCCAAUUCAGCAUCAGGCGGCGCCGCUCCUAAACCGCCGCAGUUGCAGUAUAUUCCGGUGCCUGACGAUCCUAGUUUAGCAAACAGCGUUUGUAGCAUUUGCCAAGAGAAGUUUGAGACGAGAUGGCUAGACCUGCAACAGGAGUUUGUGUGGCCUGACACUAUGAAAGUCGGCAAGAAGAUAUAUCAUGCCAGCUGUUAUAAAGAGGCAUUUAGGGAUGGCGGAAACACGCCAGCGUAUUCUAGGGGCACCCCUGAGCCAGUGACGGGAAAGAGGAAAGCCGAGCAGGACGAAUUAGCUUCUACACGAAGUAAGAUAAAGGUGGAGGGUACGUAGGAUGUACGCUCCAGCCCUAGUCCCCCUGACCCAUCGUGUUCCGUAUCGGAACGCUCACGUGUGAUCCGCUCUAGUGUCGUACGCUUGAGACCUACUCGCUUGAGUCCGACGAACUAUAGACCGACACAU